AUGUCAAAUUAUAUUCUUGCUACCAACCAUAGCAAAAUACAUUUGACGGGAAAUUAUAUAAAAAUAAUCGGUCAUGAUGAUUCAGAAAAUAGGCCUAAAGAACUUCCUUCGCCGAUAAGAUGUAAACCGAAUGAUGAAAUGAAUGUGAAGAGAGUCAAUGUUAAUAAUAAAUCGUUCAAAUUAUUAGCAUCAGAGAAGAAAGAUGCAAUAACCAACGUAGAUGAUUCAGACGAAGAUAUUAGUGAGGAAAACUGUGCCUCUGAUCAGGCAAUUGUCAAUAAUAAAGUUAAAAGUGAAAAUGGUGAAUAUCAGAAGAGGUCAAAUGAUGAUGACAAAGAUAAACAAAAUACACCUGCAGCAAAAAAACAAAAGACUGAAAAUGGGGCAAUCGAAACAACGAGUGCAGAUACAUUAUCAAAGGCACAAAAAAAGAAAAAAAAUAAAGACCGAAACAAAAACAAACUCGUAGAUAGUAAAGCCGAAACUUUAGCAAAAACAUUAGUGCCUGAAAAGCCGAAAACAGAAGGCGAAAAUAAAAAUGGUAAAGCUGAAACCUUAACAAAAACCUUAGAGCCCGAAAAGCUGAAAACCGAAGGCGACAAUAAAAUUGUAAAGUCAAAAGAUAAAGAUUUAAAGUUGGACUCUGACUCCAAAGAAAAGGGAACUAUCACAACUCUCGAGGGUGUUCAAAUCGAAGACCUCACAUUAGGUAGUGGAAAGAUUGCAAAACCUGGCAAGAAGCUUUAUGUCCGGUACAUUGGACGACUCAUGAAUGGCAAAGUUUUUGACAAAAAUGUCAGCGGAGAUCCAUUCCACUUCACUUUGGGUAAAGGAGAAGUCAUUAAAGGUUGGGAAAUUGGAAUUUCUGGUAUGCGAAUUGGUGGCGAACGCAAACUAACAAUUCCACCACAACAAGCUUAUGGCAGUGCUGGAAGUCCGCCAGCUCCUUGA